GCGUUGGCCCUCGGGGUUGGAAGACUGGAACUAGUGCCCAGCGGAGUUUUGGCCCUUGCAGAGAGCUUUGUCACGGAGUUUUGCUACUCUCCUAGUGGCCCAUAUUUGGCUGCUAAUGGGAGGGUCAUGCUAUGAAACGCGAAAUGUCGAUAUAAGUAGCAGGUGAUUUGCACAUUCGUGUAGACUACCUAAUAGGCGAGUUCGAACAUAGCUCAUCGCAAUCAGGGAAGAUGGCAAUUGAUACGACUAAAAUUUUGGCCAAUUGGCCGACCUUCGCGGCCAAGGUGUUGGACAGCUUGGCACAAAUAAGUCGAGCGCAGAUGUUUGUUGUAGCAUUGGUUCUCAUUCCAGUUUAUUUCGUCAUCGGAUCCAUAUACAAUGCGUACUUCCAUCCUCUAGCCAAAUUCCCCGGGCCGCUUUAUGCCCGCUGCUCGAACAUACCAUACAUGGCGGUGCAGACAAGGGGAGCAAUGCUCCCCUGGCUCAGCUCUCUGCACGACCAGUACGGCGAUGUUGUACGAAUCGGAGCCUCCAGACUUAGCAUUAUUAAUGGCCAGGCUUGGAAGGACAUCUACGCCCAUAAGACGGGAGGCAAGAAAAGCUUCCCCAAAGACCCACGCAUGUACGGCAGCGAUCCCAAUGGCCACCGCAACCUAAUUACGACAUUGCCCGAUUCAGACCACAGCCGUCUCCGAAGAGUCUUUUCGCCAGCGUUUUCGGAAAGAAGCCUCAAGGCUCAGGCACCACUGAUUUUGUCGUACGUCGACCAGCUCAUGGGGAAUAUCCGCCGUAGCAUCCAGACAGAUUCAAACGCCAAGUUCGAUAUGGUGAAGCUGUACAACCUGACGACAUUUGACAUCAUGGCGAAGCUGGCGUUUGGAGAAUCGCUUGGCCUUCUCGCCAACUCGGAAUACUCAGAAUGGGUCGCCAACAUCUUCGAUAACCUCAAGAACAACGCCAUCGCCCAAGUUGGUCGCGAGUGGUCAUGGCUGGGUAACAUCGUCCAGCUAGUUACACCACCGAAGCUCAAGAAGGCCGCCGACAUGCACUUCAGGCAUGCCAUUGAACGAGUCGACCGCAGGCUUGAAAAGGACACCGACCAGGCUGAUAUCUGGAAACUAGUACUUAGUCAGCCCGAGGGGAAACAGAUUGAUAAGUUCGACAUGUACAACAACGCUUCUGUCUUCAUGGUCGCUGGAUCCGAGACCACGGCAACAAUUCUCAGUGGCGUCACAUACUUGCUCCUCCGGAAUCCCGACAAGCUGGCUCGUCUUGUCAGCGAGAUCCGUGAGGUAAAUUCUGAAGACGAGUUGGAUAUUCAGAGACUUUCUACGUUGCCGUACAUGACGGCCGUUCUCAAUGAGGCACUGCGGUGGUAUCCCCCAGUCCCUGUUGGAGUCUGGAGAGAAGUUCCCGAAGGCGGCAGCGCUGUUGCUGGACACUGGAUCCCGGAGAAGACUCGCGUUUCCGUCCCGCAGUUCCCUGCGAACCAUUCGCCCCGCAACUUCAAGGACCCCGAAGCAUUCGUCCCUGAACGGUGGAUUCCAGGGCCAGAGUAUGAGCCAAACACGAAAGAAGUUGUGCAGCCAUUCUCUCUCGGCCCUCGUAACUGCAUCGGAAUCAAUCUCGCUUGGCACGAAAUGAGACUCAUUCUGGCUAAAACGCUCUGGAACUUUGACCUCAGCCUUUGCCGAGAGAGCGAAAAUUGGUCGGAUCAGAAGGCCUACAUUCUCUGGGAGAAGCACCCGCUGAUGGUAAACAUCGAGUCCGUGCGAUGA